AUUGUUUUGGCAUAUGUCUUUGCAGUUGUUGUUGUAUUGACUUAUUAAUUUAGAUUUGUUUUUAUGGCAAUUAAUUGAAAUAAUAAAACGGUGCGCAGCAUGUUGAAGCAGUGUCUAAUCAAUGUGGACUUGUCGCGGCUGCAUGCCAAACAGCAGCUGCGCCCCAAAUGCGGUGAGAUAUUCUACGAAAGAGAUAACGAAUACUCCAGCUUUCAACUUGUUUGCUGCCUCUGCGAAAUGAAACACUUUGCCUUCGACGAUUUCUCGUUGCACAUACGCAAUGUGCACUUUGACAAGCAAGGCAAGCCGCGCACCCAAACAUCUAAAGCUCCAGCAGGCAGUAAUCAGGAUGCACUGCAGCAGCAGCGGCAACUACAUCUUGUCAAUUCGAGUCCAACGCCAUUGAUCGAAUUCAGCGCCAACGAUUGCCAUAAAUUUGUAUCAAAAGAUAUGUCUGAUGAUGAUGCUGAUGAUGAUAAUGACAACGAUGAUGAUGAUGAUGAUGUCGAUGGCCUUAAGGCAUUGCGUGUCUGUUCCUUCAAGGAGAUCGAAUUGGCAACCAACGAGAAUGCCCAAUGUGAUGCAGAGAGUUCUCACAGUGAUGACGAGGUGGAGGAAGCAGUCACAGCAGAUUCACAUAUCUUUAGCGAUGCUGAUUACCAUGACGAUGAUAAUGAAGAUGAUGAUAAUGAUAUCGAUGAUGAUGAUGAUGAUGGUAAUAGUGAAAUUGGAAGGCAAUCUGUAUUUAAGAAGGAACGCCAACCCAAGGAUUACAAAUGCAAAUAUUGUGAGGGAAAAUACACAACGCUUAAAUAUCUAAAUAUACACCUGAAGUUGAGUCAUCCGCAUCCGCAGGGGUUCAAGUGCAGCGAUUGUGAUGCCACCUUCGAUGUGGAUCGUGCACUGGAGACGCAUAGACGCAAGGUGCACACAGAGUUCACGUGCAACAUGUGCGACAAGGUGUACAAAAGUUCGCGAACGCUAUUGCGCCACGUCCAGGGACAUUCGGGUCUGCGACAGUUCAAAUGCGAGCACGAGAAUUGCGGCAAAUCCUUCGUUAGCCAGCACAAUCUCACAUCGCAUCGUCGCGUCCACAGCACAGAUCGCAAUUAUGUGUGUGAAUUGUGCGGCUAUCGUUCGCGAUAUCGUUUCGCACUCGUCGUGCAUCGACGCACCCAUACGGGAGAGAAGCCAUUCAAGUGCCAGACAUGCUCGCGCUGCUUUGCGUCCAAGUCACUGUUGAAUGAACACCAGGCAAUGCAUUCUACGGAGCGGCCAUUCAAGUGCGACAAAUGCGCGGCGGCCUUCUCGCGUCCCAAGGCCCUCUAUCAUCACAAGCAUCUGCAUUUAGGCAUAAAGAAGUUCAAGUGCAAGAUCUGUGGCAAGGCAUAUGCUCAGGCAGCUGGUCUCUCCGCGCAUAUGCGUGGCCACAAAAUACAAACCGUUAAUGGCAUUGCCGAUGGCGUAACAACAACAGCAGCCACGUCCUCCUCCACCCGCUAUUGAGUGUCCAGAAGAGGUAGACUUUGAUACUAGUAUUAGGAUACCUGUACAGCAUUUUUAAUUACACAGUUGAGGUUCGCUAAAUUGAUUUGCAAUUAACAUUUCCGUAUAGUGAACUGAUUUUGUGGUCCAAUUUAGCGAAGUUCGACUGUACAAACUGCACAAAUUUAUCGAAUAUUAAUUUGUUAUUAAAAUCAUUGUCAUUAGUUAUAAUCGGACACGAUUAAAAUUGUUUCAAAAUAA